CAAGGGGUUUUCUUGUGGAAAAAUUAAACCCUGUUUCGUUUUCCUGGAGGGUUAUCCAGACCAGUUUGGGGAGGUUACCGGGAGACCAGUUUUAGCUUGGUGGAAGGAUAAAGUUAACACUAUGAGUUGCCUGUGUGUCUGGAGGGAGUAAGCCAAAGACCAGGACCAAGGCACUGAUAUUUGAACGGGAAGCUUCACAAAGUUGAAAAGAAUCUUCAGAACGGCUUUGAACCCAGACAAGCUAGGAAUCUCUUCGGAACACCGCCUUCAGCAUGCAUCUCCCCGACUGGGCAUUCCUGGCCAGGAGCUUUUUGAAGAAGUUGUUCUGCAGAGAGCCAGAAUGCUGAUGCUCAUGGAACCAGCUUAGUGGAUUUGACUUUUCUGGUAGAAUUCUCUUGCUUUAUGAUAUACUCUCUCCCAGAGUUCUAAGACGUGUGGAGGUAUUCAGGGCACCAAAGAUCCUGCGGGGAAGGAAGUAGCACUUUCAUGCUGAAUGAAAACCAAGCAGGUGACAGUUGUGGCUGAAAACAUUUAAACCUUUCACGCCUGGACUUCCUGGAUCCGGGACACAAAGGAAUAGUUGCUGCUGGGGUGCAAGAAGCGAUCCCAGACAAGAAAACCCAAAUAAAUAGAAUGAGGGCGACAGGCAAGUAAAUGGCCACCACUACCUCGACAGAGCUGAUGUCAGCCUCCUGGUGGAAUUAUUUUUUCCUUUAUGAUGGUUCAAAGGUAAAGGAAGAAGGAGAUCCAACCAGAGCUGGUAUUUGUUACUUCUACCCUCCUCAGACCCUGCUGGACCAGCAGGAGUUGCUCUGUAGCCAGAUUGCGGGCGUCGUGCGCUGUAUCUUGGACCUCUCCGCCUCUGCUCCUACCCUCGUCCGUCUGCGGAAGCUGAAGUUCGCCGUAAAGGUGGAUGGAGAGUACCUUUGGGUCCUGGGCUGUGCUGUGGAGCUCCCUGACGUUAGCUGCAAGCAAUUUCUGGAUCAGCUCAUUGGAGUCUUUAAUUUUUACAAUGGACCUGUUUCUCUGGCUUAUAAGAACCGCUCUCAGGAAGACCUGCGCGCUGAAUGGGACACCUUCAUUGAACAGAUUCUGAAGAACACCAGUGAUCUGCACAAGAUAUUCAGUUCCCUCUGGAACCUGGACCGAACUCAAGUGGAACCCCUGUUGUUGCUGAAGGCAGCCCUCAUUCUGCAGGCCUGCCAGCGUUCACCUCACAUUCUAGCCGGCUGCAUCCUCUAUAAGGGACUGAUUGUUAGUACCCAGCUCCCACCCUCCCUCACGGCCAAGGUCCUGAUUCGCCCAGCUGCAUCUCAGCACCAGAGAAGACCUGCAGGAGGGGGUGGCCUGCAGGAACGGGAAGCAGCGCUCCCCCCAAAUGUCCGGAUCAUGCCCGUGUUCCUGACCAAAGAGGAGGCCACCAGUCUCCAAGAGUUCCCGAGGGAGCAGGCAACUAGCCCUGCUACAGCGCCGGCCAGACUCCAGGAGUGCUCAGCCCAGCAGCAUCCACACCCUUGGAGCUCCGCUGCCCCGACAGACAGCGCCACUGGCCACGUGGAAUCCACGGCCUGGAUGCGGGCAGCCACUCCCGAGUCUGCAUGUCCUGACGUAGCAUGGCCAGAUGGCAAGGGGGAGAACGGGCUCUUGCCUGGCCGUGAUGUGGAGAAUGUCAAGCCUGCAAAACUGCACAGCCCUGCCAGGGACGAGGGUCCUGGUCUUGGCUACUCCCUGGCGAAGGAACUUCGUAUGCCCUUGGGGGAGGAGGAGCCAGACUUGUCUGCCAUCCACAUUCCAAAAGCUCAGGAAACGGCAACAGCCUCAGGUUAUUUUGCCCUCUCGAAUAUGGGCACCCCAGAUGGUGGCGGUCCCGCCUUUGAGGAAUUUGUCAGGGACUCUGGCGACCGGGAACCUGAGCCACCUGACGCCCCGCCCGCGGUCGUGGCCAUGGCCAUCAGCAGCCUCUUCUCUCCGUCCACUCCUGAGAUGCUCAGCCAGAACGGAGCCCUGGAACAGCAUGACAACCUCCCAGAGGACAGCAGCCUAGCCCCCUUUCCCAGGGAAGACCACCUCCCCAGAAGGAUGAGCAGGCCUCGGUCAUGGCCUUGCUCAGACUUGAGGCAGGGAGGAACCACACUGCCUGUGGCAGACCAGGGCGUGGAGCAGCGUGUUGGGGUGCACGACAGCUGCUCAGCACCUGACGGCUCAGACUUGGCAGAGUCUCAGGACAACUACGGUCCCUCCGCACACGGAAGUGCCCCAAGGUCAACCCCAGCAUCCUGUGUGGGUCUCGUGCCAACAAACCUCUACACUCACAGUGUUAACGGGCUGGUGCUGUCCCUGCUCGCUGAGGAGCCGCUGCUGGGUGACGAUGCUGCCAUCGAGGAGGUGUACUGCAGUAGCCUGGCGUCCCUGAACGGGCUGGAGGUCCACCUGAAGGAGACGCUACCCAAAGACGUGGCUGCCUCCCCCAGAAGGACGUACAACUUCACGCAUUAUGACCGCAUUCAGAACGUGCUGACUGCAAACCUGCCACAGGUGGCCACCCCCCAGGACCGCCGCUUCCUACAGGCCAUCAGCCUCAUGCACUCGGACUUUGCCCAGCUGCCUGCACUGUACGAGAUGACUGUCAGGAACGCCUCCACCGCGGUGUACGCCUGUUGCAGCCCCGCCCAGGAGACCUACUUCCAGCAGUUGGCCACAGCCGCGCAGAGCUCCGGCUUCCCCAGCCCGCAGGACAGCGCCUUCAGCCUCCCAGGCAAAGCCAAGCAGAAGCUGCUGAAGCACGGCGUGAACCUGCUGUGAGCCGGGCCACGGCGUGAGGUUCACCCCCCCGGGAGGGCACUAGCAGCUCGACCACCAGCAAAGGGAGCUCUGCCUUCUGCAACAGAAGAGGUCCCUGUGUUUUCUCUUUCUUGGCCUAGUUCCCCUUUCAGGAACUGUGAUGGUAUGUGUUUGUGACCUCCUUUUGUAGCCUGUGGUUGGGGCGGGUGGUUGUUUAGGUCAGCAGGCCCAGAGCUACACGGUAAAGGGCUUUAUUCCACUGGCCACGUCAUACCGAAGAGGGGCAGGGCAAAGUCGUGGGCCUAUUGCUCUGGAUCUGACGCACCCAGCGUUUCUUGCUGCUCUUCCCUUCGGGGCCUUAACUGGUACCACAAGCAUUCAGAUGGGUGUUUGCUUCCAUCCACAGGGGGAUGUAAGUUGUCCGCAGGUGGACCAGGGCUCCCACACCUCCAGUGGGGGUUCCUCAGAGCGGUCCUCCCGGGCGGUCCGGACACUCGAUGCAGGGAGGCAGGCAGCGUUGCCGAAACCACCUCGUUUGCAUUCUUCUGGAACUAUAUUCAGAACCAGGAGCCUGUUCUUUGGAACACCCAUGGCAGGGGGUGGGGGGGCAGAUCUUGAUAACGUGGAAGGGAGCCUGGGGCUUUGAGGUAACUCUGAGCCCCGGGGUGCCAAAAGUGGGCUGUGCAGCUGGCCCCUCUUAGGUGAGUGUCCUCAAUGAGGAGUUUCCCCAGUGUCCGGGGCAAAAGCAAAGCUGUGCUUCCCAGCGGCGGCUAUGUGAAAGGGCGCAGCGUGCACGUGUGUUCCUGCCCAUGUUAGAGGCAGGCAGGGUAUGAUAGUGUGCUGCGGAUCACUGCACGAAAUACUCACCAGAGGCUUAACUGUUUACUGGGAGUACCUGAGACCCCAUUUGAAAACUGCAAUGUUAAUAAUUUCCUAACGGUGAACCAGUGUCUCAUGUUGACGACAAUGUCUUUUUUUUGAAACAAGUUGCCAAGGGCUAAAAAUAAAACAGCCAAAAAUGCUGUUGAGUUGUGA